AAGUGCUAACAACCUCUCUGCUCGCUGAAUACAGCUCCAUCAGCAGAUGUUUAAUCAUAUCUGGACGACGGGACACUUGUGCCUUGCAAGAUAAGAUGAGUGAUUCUGAUGAAGAGUUCCAGAAAUUCCUACAGGAGAGUCUUUCCUCUUCUGCCGGGUCAUACAUUUCUGAGCUGUCACGAUCAAGAAAAUCAAGUGCAGGUUUUACGGGAGGCAGUAGGUGGGGUGAUAGAGGGGAAUCCAUUGAUGAAUCAGCCAGUGACAAAGAGCUAGAGGAGGCAGCUCAGAGCUGGCUCAAGACCACUGGACCACUGGGAAAAAGUCAGGCUACCUCUGUCAACAUCACUCUACCCACUGGUAGAGACUUCUCCAAAGACAGUCUGGAGGUCUCUCAAGAAGACAGCCAUGCAAGCCCUUCUCGUAGCUCAAUGUCUUCAAGAAGAAGAAGUGACCUUCGAGACACUUUUAGUGAAACAGGUAGUAGCAGUCUGAGUAAGUUUUCCUCUACGAUUCCUGGACUGGACACGUUGGAGGAAAAUGCGGACAAAGAGUUAUUCUUUGCUGAGCUUGAGCAGAAUCGAACCUCACGAAUUGACUACUCAGAGCUCAAUAGGCAGCUUGAAAACACUGCUAGAUCCUCUUUACCAGACAAGUCCAGAGCUCCCCCCAAAGAAGACGAUUAUUCUGAGCAGUAUGAUGAAGACUUUGACACGACAGUUACCUCACACUCGAAGACACACCUCACGUCUGACAGUAGCUCCAGCCUCACCCUAACCAACGAUACAACCCGACAGACUAACAAAGACCACAUCAUUAACAAGUCCGAGUUGACUCAGUCGACUGCAAAUCCUACACUAUUGAAUGAGUCUGGAUCUUCCAGCAGUUCCUCUCACUCUCAGAAACGCCUGCUCGAUCGCUCCAAUACUCACCGGUCUUUCUCCGACCACCUCACAGAAGAAAGUGGCUUUAAUCCCUCUCCUAUUCCGUUGCACCACACCCCAGACAUCAGUGGGCGUAUCAAUAGCGACAAAGAAAACCUGAGUGGAUCUGCACACAGCUGUCUAGACGAUUACGAUCGUAGACUGUCGCUCACUCCGAUUCACCCCAAAGGCCUUGCCUCAGGGCGAGAAAAAAUGCACACCGUACCAGUAAAACGAACUUUAGUAAACAAUGUAUCUUUGUCUCCUCUGCAUAAAACUGAGAAACCUGAAGUUGACAUUUCAACUUCACAGCUGAGAAAACAACCUUCAUCAUCAUCAUCGUUUUCCCCUGUUAGGGAAUCACUUCUCAAUACACAAUUGCAUUUAUCUUCUACCAAACAAUUUGUAGCUAACUCCCCACAACACGUACUGGUCCCUUCUCUACAACAAGAGAACCGUGAUACCUUGUCAAGCUCCGAAUCAUACGAGCAAAAUGAAGACAAACUACUCGACUCUAACGCUUGUAUUGAUGCCCAACCUAGAGACCAGAGUGUGUUACUCAAUGACAGCAUGCUCACUGAAUUCAACGAACUUCAAGAUGCACUGAAAGCUGCAGGACUGCCACAAAUUGCAGAGAAACCACUCCCUCCUGAAAAUGAAGAAAGCCAACUAAACGUCACUAGCCCCACUGCUAUUGCUGGAGGGAAGAUGUCGCUGACCUUACAAGACCGAGAAAGUACUCCCGAUUCUGUCAUUACGGCUGUUCAAAAACUUGCAACAGUAGAUCAAGAUCUAGAAACUGUCCAAACGUUGCGUACAGAAAACAAUACAUUGGAAAAGGCAAAAGAGCCAUCGGCCACACGGACUGAACAUACCUCCAUGCCAUUGGAAACACAAUUACGAGAGAACGCUGCAAAAGGAUGUUCUCCAGUGCCUAGUAUUCUAUCAAGGCCCAUUCAUCAGCCAUUUAUAGAGCCACAUCCUGAACAAGCCACUGACACAGGUGCUAGCAAGAAGAGCAUGCUAAGAGAAGCACUCCGAGCAAUAGCCAGCGAAGAAUUGACUAGUGUCUCCAGAGGCAUCAUGUAUGAACACAGCAGAACUAGGUCUGGUGCUCAUGAGAAAAAUGGUGAAUUUGAUCGGCCAAAUCGAACUGUACAUGGUGGAACACAUACCGUAGAAGUUUCCGUUAGUCAAAGAACAGACAAUAAAUUAAUCCCUUCGAAAGUUUCCCCGAUUUCUGAUCAUAAAAAGCUUGAAACGAGCCCAUUGUCUGAAAAAGCUCCUAAACAAACUAUCCAUGUGCCAACUGGGUCCCUUGAGAGCAGCUCAAAACUUAUGGACGAGCUUGCGGAUAUCUUAAACUCAACAGAUGACUACCAACCGUCAUCAAGUGAACCAACUAGCCACACUCAUGAACUCAGAUCUAGACAGUCUCAGAAACCACCAGAACACAAUCAUCCUUCUAAAAAGUUACCAGAUAAUAACAGAGGCCCAAACAAACGGCCAUUCCAAGUCAGUUCAAGACUCUAUCCUGGUCCCAAAGCUCCACCUAAAACACUCACAACUAAGCAAGGAGGUGCUAGAACUCAAAAAUCUUCUCCGGGUAUCCCACCACCGAGGAAGUUCAAGCGUGUUUCUAGACAAAAAAGCCCCCCUGUGAAGAUUGUUGCUAAUCGAAGCCCCCCUGGAGAUGUGGUUACUACACAGAGCCCCCCUGUGGAGAUUAUUGCUAACAGACGGGAUGGUGUGUGCAGUCGGUGUGCUGUAGAGAAUGAAGAGACUGAGCGUUGGAAGAAAGCAUGGCAAGAGGAGAAGAACCAGAGAGAGAGGCUAAACGAGUUGGUGCAAGAGAUAAGGACUGAAGCGGAGCAGAGAGAAAGACAGCUCACCUCAGGACACCAGGAGGAGCAGUCCACACUCAAGCAGGAGUUGUACACACUCUCCAUCAAGCUACAAGAGCUGGAGACGAACCAUGACCCUCGUAAGCUGCUGGCCAGUGACAGAGACAUGGAGGGUAGGGCUAUCAGCCUAGAAGAGAAGCAAGCUCUGAGGUGUGAUAUUCAGGAGCAAGAGGUCCUAAUGCAAGGAUAUCAGAAGGAGAACGAGAGGCUCUACUCUCAGCUGGAGGGGCUGCGUAAGGAACUCAAGUCCUCCCAAGCUCAGCUCUUCCAUGACAACCAGCAACUCAGGAAGGAACUGCUCACUGGCAGGUCGGAGAGGGAAGUAGAGAGACCGCCGCAAAAGGUAAACGCUGAUUCACACUCCAACCAGGCAGGUGCAGCCCGAAUAGCUCAACUUGAGACCAAACUGGAACAAGCCAACGACAAAUUCUCACAACUGGAGAAACAGGUGACGCAGCUCAAGCACAGCUGCUCUUGUCUUGAGGGUGAUGUUAGGAGAGUAACGAGUGAUAAGCAUGUGCUGGAGACCAGGGUUAGGGGAAUGGUGGAAAGAGAACAGCUGGACGACCUGAUAACCAGACAUAAGCUUGAGGUGUCACGACUGAUGGGGAAGUUGGAAUGGUACGCAGAAAACCAGACACAACUAGACAAAGAUUCAGAGCUGCUGAGAUCCAAGGACAAAGAGAUAGCCACUCUCAAAAAGACGAUAGGCUCGCUGGAACCAACGCAUCCCCUCAGGGGAAAUUCUCGAACAAAAUCUCGAGGGGCUGAAGCAAGGAGGGUGGUCCAGCUGGAGAGUCAGGUCCGUGAAUUAGAGAAGGUGAUUCAGAAGCGGUUUCCCAACUCACUGUCUGCUCUGAUACUGGCCAGCAAUAGAGAGGCUGACACUGAAGACAGAGCAAAAACACCAAGGUCUGCUGACAGUAACCAUGGUUAUCUUGAGGGACGUGUUGGUCAGCUGGAGACACUGCUGGAGGAGAGGGAGAGAGAAAGUGGGCGAAGCCUCCGAGCACUUCAGCAGAGGUACACGGCCAUGGAGCUGGCAUAUGAGAAGCAGCUGGCUGCACUCAAGGGGAGCAGGUCCUCAUCUACGGUACCAGGGCAACCAGGCGCUAAUACUGAGAGGAAGAAAGACGAUGAAUGUGGGAAUGUCCUUCACUGUCAGACUGUACAGUUGACCUCUGACCUGGAAGCAGCAAGAUCGGAGAAUGUCCGUCUCAAGGAGAAGUUGGCUGUGAUAACAUUCGAGGCUGAUCAUCAGAGAGUGCAGCUGCAUGGAAAGCUAGCAGAAGCCGAGGCCAGGCUCACAGACAUGCAGCACACAGCACAAGAGAAGCUGCAGCGGACAGUGGGGACUCACAAGGCCACUGUGGACAGCCUCCGUGCUCGACUGGCCAAGGAGCAGUCUCAAUCACAGACAGUACAGCUCACCUCACAACUAACAGCCAAAGAGCAACUAACCUUCGAACCCCUUAGCUGUUGGAAUACCACAUGACUGUGUGCAUAUCACCAUCUGCUCACUAUCUAAUCGUAUGAACUGUAAAUGUCUCCAUUCAACAAGUGGUCUCUUGGUGAUGGAUUACAGCAAUUGAAUGCAUUCGUUCAUACAUGCAUGCUUCUUAAUUUUCCUAGUGAAUAUUCAUUCAAUUCAGUAGGAAAUAUGAAAUCUAUAUAGCACGCUCAUAUUAUCAUCACAAUUAAUCAUACGUGCAUGCUUCUUAAUUUCCUGAUGUAUAUUUAUUCCAUUCAAUUCAGUAUAUGAAAUCUAUAUACGUAGCACGCUCAUAAUUUUUCAUCAUCACAAUCGAGUACAUAUUUCGUUCAUACACAGUGCUUCUUAAUUUUUCGGAUAAAUAUUUAUGUUUAUGUAUUUAUAUUGCAUUCGUUUCAGUGUGAAAUCUAUAGCAUGCUCAUAUCAUCACUAUGCACGUAUUUUAUGAAUUUCCCCACCGUUGUAUGACCUCAAAUUCCUUCCUUCGUGAACACGGUUGCUAGGUGUCCUGUACGUCUAUAGCAAUAUAAGUAUUACAUAUUACAGAGUGUUCAUGUGUACAUGGACAAAAGUUAUUAAUAUUGGAAGGAUCUUGCAUCCUUCAUUUUCUAGAUAGACAAUUAAGAUGUUGUCCAUAAGAUGUUGUCCAAACCGGAGCCCGUACGACAACUGUUUAGAAUACUUGUACAGUGAAACCUCUAAAUACAGGACAUUAAAUCAUUAGAUAUUUUGCCUGAGCUUUGUCCUCUUUCGUAUGUUUCUACAGUUUUGUCUGUUUUUGUUUAUAGGAAGGUGUACCUGAUUUAGAGACAGAACGUUGUAUGCAUGACACUAUCACCCUAGGGAGGGGGUAUUCCUAGAGGAAGGGUGAUGGUGCUUGAACAAGGACGGGUUGGCACUCGUGGGAAAAGUGAAGCCUCGCUUUGACAACAAAGGAGACCUCUCUAGUGUUCGUGUUGUCAUAGUUACCCCACACAACUUUUUAGGGUGUGUGUUCAACAGACACCCAAUUGUGUGUGCAUCAAAGCCACUUUUGUGGAGUUUCUUCUAAUUGUCCACAUCCUGUUUAUGUGUAUUGUAGUGCUAUUGGGCUAUUGAGAAUGGAAAAUUGAAUAUCAACUAUGCACAACGAGGCAGACUAGUGGUAUAGGGACUGUUUUUGAUCACAUGCAGUAGUGCAUGCCACAUGCACAACCAAUUCCGUAAAGGAUGUUCACUUCAAUUACGCCAAUUACACAAACUUAAUUCUCAUUAACUGCAUGUAGUAUAUGUUUCAUGAUCCGCAUAGUAUGCACUCCUGGUAGUAUGUACAACUUUUGAUUGUAUAGCACUGACAGUUUUGCCAUAAUAGCAAUAUGUCGUCGCAAAAAAGAGGGAUUUCUGCGUACAUAUAGACUGAUCUGCACACUGUUAAUUUA